AUGGGGGCAACAACCAAAAAUAAUGAUCAUGUUCCAUUAGCGACUGAUGAAACGAGAGCUGAUCAAGUUGAUCCGCACGCUGAACCUGAUCGGUUAGUUUUUUGAUGAAACAUCAGUAACUUUAUAUCAAAUAUUAGGUGAUCACAUUUGGACUAAAUAAUCAGAGAUCAUAUUAAAUAAUCAAAAUUGUAGUUUGUUAGAGUUGUUUUUAUCAAACGUUAGGCUAUCUGGUAAAUGGUAAUCCUUCCUGAACUUUGGGCUAGUUCUCAAGUUUUCACGCCUAGAAAGUUCGAUAUACAAGAAUAAGCGUCCAUAAAAGUUUUUGACCCGAACUUGUCUGAUGGAACUGACCGCUGACCCUUAAACUAUGUAAUCCAAUUAUUUUGAAACAUAAGUAAAUCAACAAACAAAUAAAUUGUUUCAGUGGUCAAUGGACUGGAAAAUUCGAUUUUUUAAUGUCAAUGAUUGCUUAUGCAGUUGGACUCGGAAAUGUUUGGCGUUUUCCAUAUCUUUGUUAUCGAAAUGGCGGCGGAUCAUUUCUCGUAGUCUAUGCCAUUUUCUUUUGUCUAGCCGCUGUUCCAAUUUUCAUAAUGGAAGUCACAAUCGGACAAUAUCUUCAAAAAGGUGCAAUGGAAAUGUGGUUGAUGUGCCCGUUGUUCAGAGGAGUUGGUAUUGGAAAUGUUGUUAUUGCUUUUAUGUGUAUCGCAUAUUUUUGUGUUAUUGUUGCAUGGGCAAUGUUUUAUAUGAUUUCAUCGUUUAAUUCAGUGUUCCCUUGGGAAACGUGUAAUAAUUAUUGGCAAGUUAAAAUUUUCCGCUGAACUUAUGAAGAAGGUGUUUUAGGAACACAGCAUCUUGCAUCACCGGAAAAGAAAAUGUAACAGCUCUCGCAUCCAUCAAAAAACUAUUCCCAAAAACCCAAACUUCAGUGGAAGAAUUCUGGGAGCAUCGUGUACUUCAAGACACCGGUUCAAUUGAUAAUUUCGGUGGAAUUCAAUGGGAAUUAUUCUUCAUUAUGAUGGCUGCCUGGUUAAUUGUCUAUUUUGCACUUUGGAAAGGUAUCACACAAGCCAGAAAGGUUGGUUCUUUUUUGAACUACACACGAGUAAAUAUUGUUUGUUGUUUAAACGAUCUUUGGCGCGUUUGAGAUUGUUUUAUUUACAUUGUACUCUUUUCAGGUGUGAAUGAAGCGCGAAUGUAUUUUUAGAUAGACAAGACAAAGUGCGAAUCAAAAUAUUUUUUAAUAAUAUUGGGAACAUCCUUGCGCCCAAAACACCCGGCGUACUGUAAAUUUCACAGAAUUAAAAUCCGCAAGUCUAAGAUUACUGUAAAUUACAGUGCUUUCGAACUACAAGAAUCCAAAUCUCUACAAUACAGUAACUCAAUUAUUUUCAGUUUGUCUACUUCUGUGCUCUUUUCCCAUAUGUUCUAAUUUUCAUUCUUCUCGUCCGAGGUCUCACAUUACCAGGAGCAUCAAAUGGAAUAUAUUACUAUCUCAAACCAAAUAUGACUCGGUUAGCUGACACGGCAGUUUGGAAAGAUGCUGGAACUCAAGUCUUCUAUUCAUAUGGUGUUGGUUUUGGUGCACUUAUUGCUCUUGGAUCACACAAUAAAUUCAAUCAUAAUUGUUUCAAGUUUGUGAAUUUUUCCAAAUUUCAAAAUUCUUUCUGAUUUUCAGAGAUGCAAUUACAAUGUGUUUCAUCAAUGGAUCUACUUCAAUUCUUGCUGGUUUUGCUGUCUUCUCAAUCUUGGGUUACAUGUCGCACAUGUCUGGAAAAGAGAUUGGGGAUAUUGUGAAACCUGGAGUUGGCUUAGCAUUUUUAGCCUAUCCUGAAGUCGCCACAAAUUUGCCGAUGAAACAAGUUUUCGCAGUAUUGUUCUUCCUUAUGAUCACUAUUUUGGGUUUAGAUAGUCAGGUUUGCAUGGUUGAAGGUUUAUUCACCGCGUUAGAAGACGCAUUCCCGAUUUUGAGAAGACAUAAGAAACUCUCACUUGGUAUUACUUGUCUAUUCUUCUUCCUUCUUGGAAUUCCAAUGGUCACAAAAGUCAGUGAAAAAAAAAACAAAAAACAUAAAUAAAUGCUUCUGAUUUUUUAGUCUGGAUCCCAUUGGCUUCAAAUUUUCGACAACUAUGGUGCUUCUGGUUAUGCUCUUCUAUUUGUUGUGUUUUUCGAAGUCGUUGGUUUGGCCUAUGGUUUUGGAGCGGAUAAGAUUAGAGGAGCCUUGAAAGAAAUGACUGGAAUUUCACUUCCACCAUUUUUCAGCUGGGUCUGGAAGGGAUGUGCUCCAUUAACCAGCUUGGUAAGAAUAAUAAAAUAUUUGAAUUACAGUAAAUUUAAUUUUGAUGAUCAUUUUUCUAGGUUCUCUUUAUCUUCUCCAUUGUUUAUUAUAAACCAAUCAAAUAUCCAACUGGUGAAGAUUAUCCAAUUUGGGCCAAUGCUUUUGGAUGGUUCCUCUCAUCUUGUUCAAUGGUUGUUAUUCCCGGAUAUGCUAUUUACUAUCUUCUUUUCACUAACAGACAUCUCACAUUCAAAGAGGUUUAUCAUAUUUCGAAAUUACCCAAACUCCUUAACACUAUUUUUUUGCAGAAACUUAGAAAGGGACUCAACUUGGAUGGCUCUUUCGAAUCACCAGUCCGAACACAUCAAAAUGGAGAAGAAAUGAAAUUUAUCACUGCCGGAGGAACACAAUAA